GCGGGGUUCCUACCUUGCUUGCAAGGAAGGGCUCAAGACUCGGAUAAGAGGAAAGUCGGGUCAUAGAAAGCGGGAGGUGGAGGCUGCGGCUCAGGACGCCCGUGGACGUCAUGUCCGCUGGGCGGGGCCUCCCGAUCCCGCGCAAAUUGAAAGGUCCAUGGCUGCGCUUGCAGAAGCAGCAGCGGCAGCAGCUCGCGGGUGUUCUGAGCCCCAGCUUUGAGGAGCCACGGCGCCUGGAAUGGGCUUGCGUGCCAUGCCUGUUCAUUCGGGAGACAGGACUAAGGUGAAGCCGCUGCUGCUGUUACGUCGGGCGCCACCGGCGACCUUCUGGCGUUGAUGCGCCACAUGGCGCUCAGACACUCCUACACUAAAGAGGAAAUAUUUCUUAGAGAUUUACUUGGCCUAGAAGAAACUUAACGGAAAUUUCACGAAAUUUAACUCGGCACUCACUAUGGGGAUUCAAGGCUUACUUCAGUUCAUCAAAGAAGCCUCUGAGCCUGUCAAUGUGAAGAAGUACCGAGGACAGGCGGUAGCUGUGGAUACCUACUGCUGGCUCCACAAAGGAGCCAUCGCUUGUGCUGAGAAGCUAGCCAAAGGGGAACCAACAGAUAGGUAUGUAGGAUUUUGUAUGAAGUUUGUUAAUAUGCUGCUGUCUUAUGGGGUCAAGCCAAUUCUCGUAUUUGACGGAUGUACUCUGCCUUCUAAGAAGGAAGUGGAGCGGUCUCGAAGAGAGAGGCGACAAAGCAACCUUCUUAAAGGGAAGCAGCUUCUUCGAGAGGGGAAAGUGUCAGAAGCCCGAGACUGCUUCACUCGCUCCGUCAACAUCACACACGCCAUGGCCCACAAAGUAAUAAAGGCUGCCCGGGCCCUGGGAGUGGACUUCAUCGUGGCUCCGUAUGAAGCUGAUGCUCAGCUGGCCUACCUUAACAAGGCUGGCAUUGUGCAAGCAGUCAUCACAGAGGACUCCGACCUCCUCGCAUUUGGCUGUAAGAAGGUGAUUUUAAAAAUGGAUCAGUUUGGAAAUGGACUGGAAGUGGACCAGGCACGGCUAGGCAUGUGCAAGCAGCUUGGGGAUGUGUUCACGGAGGAGAAGUUCCGGUACAUGUGUAUUCUGUCAGGCUGUGACUACCUCGCCUCCCUGCGUGGCAUCGGCUUAGCAAAGGCCUGCAAAGUGCUGAGACUGGCCAAUAACCCUGAUAUCGUGAAGGUUAUCAAGAAAAUUGGGCAUUAUCUCAAGAUGAAUAUAACGGUGCCAGAGGAUUACAUCAAAGGAUUUAUCCGAGCCAACAAUACUUUCCUCUACCAGCUGGUGUUCGACCCCCUCCAAAGGAAGCUGGUCCCUCUGAAUGCCUACGGAGAUGACGUCGACCCCAAAACACUGACUUACGCGGGGCAGUAUGUUGAUGAUUCCCUAGCUCUUCAAAUAGCACUUGGAAAUAGAGAUAUAAAUACUUUUGAGCAGAUUGAUGACUACAGUCCAGACACUAAGCCAGCCCACUCAAGAAGCCACAGCUGGAACGACAAAGCAUGUCAGAACUCACCUGUUGCCAGUAGCAUUUGGCACAAGAAUUAUUGUCCUAGACUUGAGGUGAAUAGUGUUUCCCAUGCUCCCCAGUUGAAGGAAAAUCCAAGUACUUUGGGCCUUAAACAAGUGCUUAAUACUAAAGGGUUAAAUCUUCCAAGGAAGUCUUGCGUGUUGAAGAGACUAAGAAAUGAAGCGCUGUCCGAAGAUGACCUGUUGAGCCAGUAUUCGUCAGUAACCAAGAAGUUCAAGGAGAAUGUCUGUAGGGAUGGCAUGUCGCCCAACUCUUCUGAAAUGCCCGUGCCCUGCCCAGAUGGUGAGACUGCUCACAAGACAGAUGCACACACCCCGUCUAGGACGAGAAAUAAAUUCGCAACAUUCUUACAGAGGAGGAAUGAAGAAUGUGGUGCAGUCGUCGUUCCAGGGACCAGAAGCAGGUUUUUUUGCAGUUCUCCAGAUUUUGACAGCUUCAUACCAAAAAAAGAAAGUAGCCAGCCUCUAACUGAAACUGUUGCCACUGGCAAAGCCACCACCAGCCUCCUCGGGGCAUUGGACUGUCCAGACCCGGAAGGCCAGAAGCCGGUUGUCACAAAUGGAAGGCACAGUCCAAGCGCUCAGCUUCCAGGCAAUGCAACUGUGUCUCCCGAGGAUGGGGCUCAGUCUUCUGAGACCGGCAAAUUAUUGGGGACCACGUCCCCACCCACUCUAGGGACACUAAGAAGUUGUUUCAGUUGGUCUGGUACUCUCGCGGAAUUUUCAAGAACUCCAAGUCCCUCAACAAGCACUACAUUGCAGCAGUUCCGAAGAAAGAGCGAGCCUCCCACCUGCCUUCCUGAGGCCUGUGCCGUCACUGACACGUGCAAUCCAAAGAGUGAGAUGUCAGGUGAUAAGUCUCAGCCCUCGCAGGAGGUGGGCUGGUCUUCACGGUCUCAGGAAAGCGUGAACUCCACAUGCAGCUUAAACGAAUCGAGCCUCUCCCAGCCGUCCAGUAAGGAUUCAGAUUCAGAGGAAUCGGAUUGUGAUGAUAAGUCACUGGAUAAUCAAGGAAGUCAGACCUCCAAGCAACACUUACCUCACUUUUCAAAGAAACACAUACUUGGAUGGAACAAGGUUCCUGGACUCUGUAGGUCUAGUUCUAUGGACUCUUUUUCUACAACCAAGAUCAAGCCCCUGGUGUCUGCCAGGGUCAGCGGCCUGAGCAAGAAGCUAGGAAGCAUCCAGAAGAGAAACCACCAUGAUUCGGAGAACAAGCCAGGACUACAAAGAAAGAUCAGCGAGCUCUGGAAAAACUUUGGGUUUAAAAAAGAUUCUGAAAAGCUUCCUUCUUUUAAGAAGCCCCUGUCUCCAGUCAAGGACAAUAUCCAACUCACUCCAGAGACAGAAGAUGAGAUCUUUAACAAGCCCGAGUGUGCACGUGCUCAGAGAGCAAUAUUUCACUAAGUGCAGGCCGCUGCCUACAGGAAAACCUUAUCAACUAGAGAGAUGGCUUACUCUCGAUGCCAUUUUUUAAAUGGAAUACAUUUUGUAUAUUAACUUUGUGACUUUCUUUUGCUCAGCUUUUUAUAUUUUCAUAGAAAGCUAAAUAGAAGAAUAAAUCUGCCUUGGACAUUUCUGGGAAGUUGAAAUGCUAAUUGGGCAAAUCUCCUGACAUCAAUAACAAUCUAAAGGACUCUACCUCGUAGUAAAGCAUCCAGUCUAUUGUAACUAGAAAGCCACAGAUGUCUAUAGCCACUUAUACCCAAGAACAGAGGACUCACCAGCUUCCAGUCGCUCCAGCUGCCUUUCCUGUCUGUCCUCUAAGGGUAAAUUGAAAAUAAUGUUGCUGGGAUUGGGACUGGAAGGGCAGUAGAGGAGCUGCCUGCUUAAGAUUGUCAACAUGCUUAGGUCUCAAAGCUGCCUGCCACCUGGUUCUCUCCAUGUACCUCUGAAGUGUGGCUCAAAAGUUCCUUAGCAUUUACUUAACCCUGUGCAAGACACUAAAGCUGCAGAGCCUGCGAUCAGUGCAUCCUGCAAAGAUACAGGCAGGGGCUCAGGAAGGAACCAGCCACACCAGGACCAAUCUGAUGCCGCCAGAAGGAAAGGCAUGAUGAAGGCAUCGGUGAUACAGAGAGACAAGACUUAGAAUCUUGAAAAGGGAGUUGGGGAGGGCCAAACACAGUCCAAUUCCAAUCUGAAGCUCAGAUUUGAGCAGUCCUGUCACCACACAGGUCAGACAGACAGACACCAUCUACAGGUAUUCAUCUCUAAAAUGUCAGGAAACCAGCAAAAUGCGCUAUACAACAUGGAAGGGGAAACAUCGAGCAAGGAUGAGGAGUGUCAGUCAAGGAAGGGCAGGUUCUCUAUUGGCAGCAGCCAAGCAGGUAAUCAUGGACAGACAGACGAGGUCUGGUUGGCCAGGGUAGAGGGCAAGACUGGAAACAGGCUAUUUUCUUCUUAAAUCUUUUUAAAAACCAGCCAGAUGGUAGUGGCAAUGCCACUUUUUACAGUCUCCAAGUCACUGCAGAACACAAGUCCCAUUAACAGCUAGUUUUCAUGACAGUCUUCAUAGUCCCCAGAUAGAAAAUAUUCCAUAGUAACUAACCGCAGACCAUCGGAUAGGCCACAGACUACCACAUAGCACAGCAGGAGACAGGAUCUGAGAACUGCAUCAUUGAUGAUAAGGUCUAAAGGACUGAGGCCAGCCAGAGUCCCUCUCAAUGUGGCUCCUGUAGCUUACUUUGGACCACGUCUCUCUGUUUGGUUCCCGCUCACAAGAACAGGUGUGGGGAUUGGGCCACACAGCAAGGGCCAUGAGCAGAUUGAUGGAACGGUACAGUUUGCGGCUCUUGUUUUGAAACAGGGUCUCACUAAUUUGUCCUUACCUCUCAUACUUGGCUGUGUGCUUCAGGCAGGCCUUUUCUGAUCUCUGUCCUCCCUAUCAGUCCAGUGAGCACUCCUUUUCUGAUCUCUGUCCUCCCUAUCAGUCUAGUGAGCACUCCCUGCCAGCCUACAUGAGCUCUCUGAUACCAAGAAGGAAAGUUCUGCUUUUGUUCACUGUCCAGUUUUUAUUUUUAAUUUUAUAAACCAUUAUUUAAAGAAACUUUGUGAAUAAAAGCGUCACUUUGUGGAGGGACAAGGAAAAGGCUGGAAAUUCAGAUAGGAGAUCAGAUUUUGAAAGUUCAGACACAGUGUAGACUCAGGAUCAAGUCUUGAGAGAAAGUGUUGCAAGGCCAGUAUCUCUUCCCUUCCCCUUUCUUAAUUUUGAAAUUUCACUGAGCUAUUGUAUGAGAGUGGGCAGAAGAGUGUAGACAUAGGUAAGGCCAGGAGUUUCUGGCUGGACUAUAUUCCAGAGUGAGGAUACCCAACCGUCAUCCAUCUUUCUUCAUCCCAGGUCGCACUUGUAGCUUUAGCUUGAGUUUUUCUUGGGUUUAUAUUCUCUCCCUUUCUCCCUAAGAAGCUAUAACUGCUUCUAAAGAUAGAGAGUAGCCAAAAUCAACCCAUGGCACCUCUCACAGUGCUUGCGGCCAUGCUUGAAGCUCCUAAGUCUCGAAUAUAUCGUCAUGAAUUAAAAUGACUUAUCUU